UCAGAUACCCAGUUGCGCAAUCGUCAUUGUCGGCUUCUUUCAAAAAGCCCCUCCAUAGAUUCCUAUCCAGAACUCCAGUUUAUCGCCAAGUCUUAGAUAAGGAUUACUCUACCAACCAGCACGAUGGUCAAAGAAACGAAGCUCUACGAAACCCUCGGCGUUGCGCCGACGGCGACCGAACAGGAGCUGAAGAAGGCGUACAAGACAAAUGCCCUAAAGUACCAUCCUGACAAGAACGCCCACAACCCCGAUGCUGAGGAGAAGUUCAAGGAGAUUUCCCAUGCCUACGAAAUUCUUUCCGAUUCCCAGAAGCGCACUGUCUACGACCAAUAUGGCGAGGCUGGUCUCGAAGGUGGUGCCGGCGGCGGUGGUGGCAUGGCUGCCGAGGAUCUGUUCGCUCAGUUCUUCGGUUCCGGUGGUGGCUUCGGCGGCGGCCUUGGAGGCAUGUUCGGUGGCGGCGGCAUGCCCAACCGCGGACCCCCCAAGGCUCGCACGAUUCACCACACCCACAAGGUCUCCCUCGAGGAUGUCUACCGCGGAAAGAUCUCCAAGCUGGCUCUCCAGCGGUCCGUCAUCUGCUCCAAGUGCGAGGGCCGUGGUGGAAAGGAGGGCGCGGUCAAGCGCUGCGCUGGCUGUGAUGGCCACGGUAUGAAGACCAUGAUGAGACAAAUGGGUCCAAUGAUCCAGCGUUUCCAGACUGUCUGCCCUGACUGUAACGGAGAGGGUGAGACGAUCAAGGACAAGGAUCGCUGCAAGCAGUGCAACGGAAAGAAGACCAUCGUCGAUCGCAAGGUUCUCCACGUUCACGUCGACCGUGGUGUUAGAAGCGGCACCAAGGUUGAGUUCCGUGGCGAAGGUGACCAGGCACCUGGUAUCCAGGCGGGUGACGUUGUUUUCGAGAUCGAGCAGAAGCCCCACAACCGCUUCACUCGCAAGGAGGACGACCUUCUGUACCAGUGCGAGAUCGAGCUGGUGACUGCGCUGGCUGGUGGAACUAUCUACAUCGAGCACCUCGACGACAGGUGGCUCAGCAUCGAGAUCCUUCCUGGUGAAGCCAUUGCACCUGACGCUGUCAAGAUGGUUCGCGGCCAGGGUAUGCCUUCUCCUAGGCACCACGACUUCGGCAACCUUUACAUCCAGUUCAACGUAAAGUUCCCCGAGAAGGGCUGGACUGAGGACCCCACGGCCUUCGAGGCUCUCCAGAAGCUGCUUCCCGCCCCUUCGCUGCAGACUGUUCCUCCCCCUGAGGCCAUGACCGAGCCCGCCGACCUCGAGGAUCUCGACAACUCUUCCCAGGCUAGAGUCUUUGGGGGUGCUGGCGGUAUGGACGAGGACGACGAGGACGGCCACGGCGGUGCCGAGCGCGUGCAGUGCGCUUCUCAGUAAAUGACGUCAUGUUUUGAUGACAUUGAUAUUAUGAGCAUCUUCGGCGCGGUGGGGGGAAGAGGACGCGGGCGAGGUUUCUUUUCACGAACCUGUUUGACAGAACGAAAUUUGCAUAUUUUCUCCAGUCACGAAUGGAUGGACACGGUUGCAUGGAAACGGUUAAGGGGCUCGCCGUUGGGAGACCGUUCUCAGAUGGCGGGAAUCAACCAGCCACGACGUCUCGUCUAGACGCCCGUGUCGGGUUCCUCGAGAAUGGAGGCUGGAUUCAAGUGGACCAGCAAACAGUAACAGGGGAGACUGGUCCAACGCGUGCUUAUUCUCAAAACAUCACUUGGCUUCUUUUGCUCGACGGACAUUCGAGACUUGGGAGGAAGGCGUUCACGGUCAUAGAGAGGAUAAUUCGCUCAAUCGAAUUGAU